UUUAAAGGCAAAUUAAAACGUAAAACUCUGGUGAAAAGUGAACACAAUAGUAGACUGAUUCAUCGUAUUGAACUUGAAAUAGUUCAAAACAUUGAAAUUGACGUCCUCCAUCGGCAACAGACCACGCUUUCUGACAGGCCGAGUUCAACCUGAAGAGGUUUCGAUGGGCCGAAUCGCUUUAGCAGAAUUCAUAAUACAUGAAAAAACCCAUUUCUUUAUCUUUCGUUGUCAAGGAGAAGGUGAAAAACCUGGAAUAAGACCUUGAAAACAUCCUUCGGUGCACCCAAAAGAGGAAAAACCAAAGUAAUUCACUAUGGCUCCCGACAGCAACAAGAGAAAGAGGCCGAACAUAUUGGUGACGGGCACGCUUGGAACUGGCAAAACAAUGACGUCUUCUGCUCUGGCGGAGGCCUCCCAGCUGCGCCAUAUCAAUAUUGGAGAUUUGGUCAGAGAGAAAAACUUGCACGACGGCUGGGACGACGACCUCCAAUGCCACGUUAUCAAUGAAGACCUGGUGUGUAAUGAGCUUGAGGAUGUGAUGGAAGAAGGUGGAAACAUCGUAGAUUAUCAUGGUUGUGAUUUCUUUCCUGAACGAUGGCUUGAUCUUGUGGUAGUGCUUCAAACCGACAACACUGUGUUGUAUGACCGGUUGAGUAAGAGGGGUUAUGAGGGUGCCAAGCUUUCAAACAAUAUAGAGUGUGAAAUCUUUCAAGUUCUGCUGGAGGAAGCAAAAGAAAGUUACCCUGAGGACAUUCUUAUAGCUCUAAAGAGUGAUAAUAUUGAGGACAUCACUCGAAAUGUUGCGACCAUAACUGAAUGGAUCAGGAGUUGGCCUCCAACAUCUUGAAUGAAUACAAUUUUUGUAAUCUGCCCUGCAUAUGCUGCUUCACCAUGUGAAAGAAGCUGCAAUUAAGGCUUUCGUCGUGUAUGUCUCUAUCAAGUUUCCGCUUUAGUAAGGAAUCAGUUAAUUUUGGUAGUUUGGCUAUUUUCAUGGAUUAGUCUUAGGGUUCUGAAUGUGUGGGAUUGUGUAACCGAUAAUUCAAGGAAGAGACUGCUUGUAAAAGAAAUGUUUAUUCCUGAUCUUAGGCUACUUGGCUUGAAUCUAUAACCCAUUUGGAUGUGAAUGAAAUUGAACACGGAUUAUUAGCCCUGCUCUGUAUCAACUCUUUCUAUUUAAGACACCGACAGGGAGCAUUAUAUACUCUUUCAUUUUGGUUUGUAAUGUGAAUAUCUAAGAUGGGAACUCGUGCUUGAGUUCAUAAAGCUUAGUUUAGUGCCUACCUGGUACGCUCCGGCUCGGAAGCAGAUGAUGAAGCAAGAAGGCUUGCCCAGCAGACUUUAGUUCCUGAAUCCUAUUCACAUGGUUCAGUCUGUAUCUACUACAUAUUACUGCGGUAAGUUGAGAUGGAGCACCAAAUCCUUUUCAUAAGCAUAGGUCUUUUCAUGCAAAGUUUGCAUGCAACCAAUCUGGAAUUUUUCGAUUCAUGCAAUCACCUUUUAAAAAUAGCAUUCAAGUUCAAAACAUUUCCACGGUGAUCCAUCCAAAGGAGAAGAUGCAAGAU